AUUAUUCGCGAGGAACAGAAAUUUCAGUAUCGAUCUUCUUCUUCUUCUUCUUCGCCAAUUUCAACACUUUCGAAAUCUGAGAAUCUUCUGUGUGAAUCGGAACGAAAUUAACGGUGUUACGGAGGCUAGGGCUGAUGGGCGCGGCGGGGUCCAAACUCGAGAAAGCUCUCGGCGACCAGUUCCCGGAAGGAGAACGAUACUUCGGUUUCGAAAAUUUCGGCAACACUUGUUACUGUAACAGUGUUUUGCAGUAAAUGUAGAGUGUGUAUCAGUUCUUAAAAGGUUUUAUAGAUGUGGUAGCUUAUGGCAGGACUGGGUUGUUGAUCUUAGGUCUGUUUUGCAUUCUAUGUUUGUGCACAAGUCUCCAGGAGUUGAACAAGUUUCAUCCAUAGACUAAUUUGUUUGAUGAACCUUUCUCUUUUGCAGGCUCUUUAUUUUUGUGCUCCCUUUCGUGAACAAUUGCUUGAACAUUAUGCAAAUAAUAAAGCUGAUGCUGAGGAGAAUCUCUUGACCUGCUUGGCUGACUUAUUUUCGCAGAUAAGUUCCCAGAAGAAGAAAACAGGAGUUAUCGCUCCGAAGCGCUUUGUGCAAAGGUUGAAGAAACAGAAUGAGCUUUUCCGGAGUUAUAUGCAUCAGGAUGCACAUGAGUUCCUGAAUUAUUUGCUAAAUGAACUUGUUGAGAUCUUAGAGAAAGAGACACAAGCCACAAAAGCAGACAAUGAAACUUCAUCAUCUCCUGAAAAGAUUGCAAAUGUACUGAAAGCUCCCCUGGCAAAUGGUGUUCAUAAAGAGCCAAUUGUUACUUGGGUGCACAAGAUUUUUCAGGGUAUACUUACCAACGAGACAAGGUGUCUACGGUGUGAGACAGUAACAGCAAGAGAUGAAACUUUCCUAGACCUGAGCCUUGAUAUUGAACAGAACAGUUCGAUAACUAGCUGUUUGAAAAACUUCAGCUCCACAGAGACUCUACAUGCAGAAGACAAGUUUUUCUGUGACAAAUGCUGCAGUUUACAAGAAGCGCAGAAGAGAAUGAAGAUUAAGAAACCGCCACACAUCUUAGUUAUACAUCUGAAACGGUUCAAAUACAUGGAACAGUUGGGCCGCUACAAGAAGCUAUCGUACAGAGUCGUCUUCCCUCUGGAACUGAAACUCAGCAACACAGUGGAUGAAUAUGUGGACAUUGAGUACUCUCUCUUUGCAGUCGUGGUUCAUGUCGGAAGUGGACCUAACCACGGUCAUUAUGUUAGCCUCGUGAAAUCCCAUAACCACUGGCUCUUCUUUGAUGAUGAGAGUGUCGAAAUAAUUGAAGAAUCUGCUGUUCAAACAUUCUUCGGUUCAUCGCAAGAGUACUCAAGUAAUACUGAUCAUGGCUACAUCUUGUUAUACGAGAGCCUCGGAACAAGAUAG